UAAUGUUGUAUGUGCUUUCCUAAACAUGUAGAGAAGGAAUGAUUAACUGGAGUGAGGAAUCAUCUUCUGCUUGUAGAUAUUUUUUUUCCCAGAGACUGCUAAAACUGCUCCCUUGAAUUCUUCCACUACAUUAGGUAAUAAAGGACAAGAGCUUUUUCCAAGGAAAGGUUUUAAUCUCUCUUCUGAUCAAUUCAGUGACCUCUUGAGGAGAGCUGUUCAGCUUGCAUUCUGAAAUUUAAUUCUACGUUUUUGAACAACUUAAGACAUAAUAAGCAGUGAUUCGAAUGUCUUCCUGAUAAUGUUUUACUAGUGUGAGCUUAACUGCUGCUUGUGGCAUAAUAUAAUUCAAUAUACUGGAAAAGGAGCUAGGUAAGUUAGCCUUUUUACUUGUGGAAAAACUGCACUUCAGUAUUAGUUCUCAAUGAACACUGCAGUCCAUUACUAACCAGUGGCCUGAGGACUUCAUUCCUGCAAGCUGUUCCAGUAGGUGGCUGGGAGGGAGGAGUGUGAUUGCAGUGGAGAAAAAAAUUACAGGGUUGUGCUCUGGAUCCAUGUUUUCAUCAUCAAGAGUACGCUUUACACUUUCUUGCUUUUGUUCAUUUAGUAGUGGGCUGCUAUUAAAAAUUGUUUUUUGUCUGAUAGCAAGGAAAAUACUAAAUUCUCACACUUCCCAAACUGAUUUGGGUAGUAUGGCCUGUGAUCUGAUAAAAUUUCUCAAUUUUUAUAGGCUACUCUGUCAUGAUAAACACCUUUAAAUAAUUCAAGCAGGUGUUUUUUUUUCUAGACAAAGUGGUGGGUUACUUCUAUGGCUGAUGUUUUGGAUUGGUGUUUUUAUUUGGGUUUUGUGGGGUAUGGGGAGUUUGGCAUUUUUAAACUUCCUGACAGGAUGGGCAGAGUUCAUGUUUCAGGGCUGAUAUGCCUGUACUUUAUUCUGACAGGCAACUACUGUGUUCAUAAAAGCAUAACCAUGUGCAUUUAUAAAUGAUGAGACAUUAACUGAUUGUUGUACAAACUACAAUGAAAAUAGGUUUCCUGUAGUGAUGCGUCCUUCUCAAAUAAACUUAAAUUUUUUUUUAAAUCCUCUUUAGCUGAAAACUGACAGCUUCCUUACCCCUUCGACUUUUAAGCAGUUGUGAGCAUUUGACAAGGGUCCCUCUCUGAGAUAUUCUGGAGCAAUAAGUUGAUCUCAAGCGGGUUUGGUUAUUUUAGUUUCUUCUCAUUAACCACAUAGGCACUCCUAAGCUGUCAUAGGUUUGGGCUUUGUUUUGAACAAAUACAAAUUGCACUGGGUUGGAAAUGCCUCUUUCAGGAACACUCAGAGGAUAUAGUGCAGACUUUCAGACUACAGUAGAGGUUAACGAUUGCUAUGUUUUGAUUGUAGAACUUGAAUAUGUGUUUAAUUUUUUGUGAACAGAUUGAUGACUCUUCUGCAUCUAUUUCUCUGGCCCAGCUUACUAAGACUGCCAAUCUGGCUGAAGCCAAUGCUUCCGAAGAAGAUAAAAUAAAAGCUAUGAUGACACAGUCUGGCCAUGAAUAUGAUCCAAUCAAUUACAUGAAGAAACCCUUGGGUCCACCUCCACCAUCGUAUACUUGCUUUCGUUGCGGAAAACCCGGCCACUAUAUAAAGAACUGCCCAACAAAUGGGGACAAAAAUUUUGAGUCUGUUCCCAGAAUUAAAAAGAGCACAGGAAUUCCAAGGAGUUUCAUGAUGGAGGUGAAAGAUCCCAAUACAAAGGGUGCUAUGCUGACAAACACUGGAAAAUAUGCAAUACCAACUAUUGAUGCGGAAGCUUAUGCUAUAGGAAAGAAGGAGAAGCCUCCCUUUUUACCAGAGGAGCCGUCCUCCUCCUCAGAAGAAGAUGACCCUAUUCCAGAUGAGUUGUUAUGUCUCAUUUGUAAAGAUAUAAUGACUGAUGCAGUUGUUAUUCCCUGCUGUGGAAACAGUUAUUGUGAUGAAUGUAUUAGAACAGCACUACUGGAGUCUGAGGAACAUACGUGCCCAACAUGUCAUCAGACAGACGUUUCUCCUGAUGCUUUAAUUGCCAACAAGUUCCUACGCCAGGCUGUGAACAACUUCAAAAAUGAAACUGGCUACACAAAAAGGCUCCGUAAGCAGAUUCAGCAGCAGCAGCAGCAGCAGCCACCACCACCACCGCCACCUCCACCACCCCUAAUGAGACAAACAAUAACGCGCAACCUGCAGCCUCUACUCCGGCCAACAAUUUCCAGACAGCAGGAUCCACUAAUGAUUCCAUUAGCUUCUCUGGCUUCUCGUUCUGCUGCUGCUUUGUCAUCGUUGGCCCCUGGUCAGUCACCUGUGGCAGCUGGGCUGCCAGUAAACCCGUCUUCUGUUGUUGUCUCUGAUCUCCCUCCAGCAGUGUCCCUAUCUCUUCGUGGUGAAAAGCCAGAUGGACCUUUUCGUGAUGCCGAUACUGUUAUACCUCCUGCUGCUCUGGUGACUGCCGCUGAACUCUCUAAAUCUUCCUCUCUGUCGAUCAGCAGUUUGUUGGAAGAGAAGGGUUAUCAGGUUCCUGUACUAAGACAACCAGCAUUACCAAGUCUUCUGGGCCCACAAGGACAAUCAAUACCCACAACUGGUCAUCCAAUGAGAGCCGGUACAAUUCGCUCAGCAGGUGGCAGACCAGGCUGGGAACUUAGUUCAAAUCGAGGACGCCCGCAUAGCGAACGUGCCCAAAGGACUCAGGCCCCAACACUGCCAGCAUCAGCACCAGUCUUUGUGCCUGUGCCUCCACCUCCCUUGUAUCCUCCACCACCCCACGCACUUCCUCUUCCACCGGGGGUGCCACCACCACAGUUUCCUCCUCAGUUUCCACCGGGUCAGCCUCCAUCUGCUGGGUACACUGUCCCCCCUCCAGGAUAUCCCCCAGCUCCUGCAAACAUGUCAUCAGCUUGGGUACCAACAGCAGUGCAAACGGCUCAUUCAAAUACCAUCCCAACGACACAGGCACCUCCUUUAUCUAGGGAGGAGUUUUACAGAGAACAACGGAGACUUAAAGAGGAGGAAAAGAAAAAGUCCAAACUUGAUGAGUUUACAAAUGAUUUUGCUAAGGAAUUGAUGGAAUAUAAAAAGAUUCAAAAGGAGCGUAGGCGUUCGUUUUCCAGGUCCAAGUCUCCCUAUAGUGCUUCGUCUUACUCUAGAAGUUCGUAUACCUACUCCAAGUCAAGAUCAGGUUCUUCCCGCUCCCGCUCCUACUCUCGAUCAUUUAGUCGUUCCCAUUCUCGUUCCUACUCGCGAUCACCACCGUAUCCAAGAAGAGGCAAAGGGAAGAGUCGUAACUAUCGUUCUAGGUCAAGGUCUCAUGGUUAUCACCGCUCAAGGUCAAGGUCACCCCCAUACAGAAGAUACCAUUCACGGUCAAGGUCUCCAGUGUUUAGAGGCCAGUCUCCCACUAAACGGACUAUACCUCAAGGGGAAGGAGAAAGGGAGUAUUUUAACAGAUACAGAGAAGUUCCACCAUAUGAUAUGAAGGCUUACUAUGGCAGAUCUGUUGACUUUCGAGAUCCAUUUGAAAAGGAAAGAUACAGAGAAUGGGAACGGAACUAUAGAGAAUGGUAUGAAAAGUUCUACAAGGGCUAUGCUGUUGGUGCUCAACCUCGACCUCCAGUAAACAGGGAGAACUUUUCUCCAGAGAGGUUUGGUCCACCUGGGACCAGACGAGAGAAUUCGCCAUAUGCUCGGGGACGUAGGGAGGAUUAUCCUGGUGGGCAGAGCCACAGAAAUCGUAAUAUAGCUGGAAAUUACCCUGAAAAACCUUCUGGAAGAGAGAGCCAUGGCAUCAAAGAUCCUACAAAAUCAAAAGAGAAGGAGGUGGAAAAUCCACUUGGAGAUGGUAAAGGAAAUAAGCAUAAAAAACACCGGAAGAGAAGAAAAGGGGAUGAGAAUGAAGGGUUUCCCAAUACUGAGUUGUUAGAAGGUGCAAGAAAACCAAGAGAGCCAGUUACAGCAGAAGAUGUUAAAACAGACUCUUUGUUCAUGCUUCCAAGCAGAGAUGAUGCCACCCCUGUGAGGGAUGAGCCUAUGGAAGCAGAUUCUAUUGCUUUCAAACCGGUGUCUGAAAAGGAGAAAAAAGAAAAGGAUAAGCCAAAAGCAAAAAUUGACAAGACAAAGCGGAAAGUGGAAGUGGCUGUUCCUCCUAAGAAAGACAAUAUAAUAAAACCAGCUAAAGCGUCCCAAGAGAAGGUGGACACCGAUCGUGAAAAAUCGCCUCGAACAGAACCUCCUGUGAAAAAAGUGAAGGAGGAGUUGCCAAAGACCGACAGUGUUAAAACAUCUUCCUCUCAAAAGGAUGAGAAGGCUCUUGGUACCCCACGGAAAGUUCACCCAAAAGUGACAAAAGAUCACCCAGAAACCAGACCAGCCAAGGAGGAAAAGGCAAAGAAGGACCAUCCAAAAGAAACCAAGUCGGAGAAGCCGUCCAACAAAGAGGACAAGUCAAAAAAACCUGCCGAAAAAAGCAAACCUUCUGAUGCAAAACCUGAAAAAAGAAAAAGAAAAGCAGAUGAAAAGGUUGAUAAAGAACAUGAAGCCACUUCCAUAAAGGCCUCUAAACCAGAAACUGCUGAAUCGAAAACGUCACCGAAGGGGAAGACCGAGCCUGAUGGCGAAAAAGGAGAGCGAACUCCAGAAAAGGAUAAAUCUGCUUUUCUUAACAACCCCGCAAAAAAGAUUAAACUUAACCGGGAAACUGGCAAAAAGAUUGUGAGUGGAGAAAAUGUGCCACCUGCAAAAGAACCUGUUGAGAAACCUGAGCCGAGCAGCAGCAAAGUUAAACAAGAAAAAGCGAAGGGAAAAGUGAGAAGAAAAGUAACAGCAGCUGAUGGAUCUAGUUCAACUCUUGUAGAUUAUACCAGCACUAGUUCUACUGGAGGAAGCCCCGUUAGAAAGACUGAAGAGAAGCCAGAUACAAAACGAACUGUCAUUAAGACCAUGGAGGAGUAUAAUAACGAUAUAACAGCCCCUGCUGAAGACGUCAUUAUUAUGAUCCAGGUCCCUCAGUCCAAGUGGGAUAAAGAUGACUUUGAGUCUGAAGAGGAAGACAUUAAAUCUACCCAGGUGCCCACAAACAUAGGAAAACCUGCUAGUGUUAUAAAAAAUGUGAGUGCUAAGCCACCGAACCCCAUAAAACACAAUGAAAAAGAGACGGAGCCUUUGGAGAAAACACAGAAAACUACAAAAGAGGCAAGUUAUGAAAGCUCCCAGCACGAUGCAAAAAGUUCAAAAAGUUCAAUGUCGAAUGAAAAAGGAAAAACCAAAGACCGGGAUCAUUCUUUGUCGGACAAGGACGCUUCUGAGAAGAGAAAGAGUAGUGUUCAGCCAGAAAAAGACCACUCAGAACGUGCAACUGAGCAAGGAAAUGGAAAAAAUACUUCUCAGUCUUCCAAAGAGAGCAGAUCUUCAGAGAAACAUGAUACUGGCCGUGGAUCCACUGCUAAAGAAUUUACUCCUAACCGAGACAAAAAAUCUGACCAUGAUGGCAACAGAGAUCAUUCUAGUUCCAAGCGUAGGGAUGAAAAGAGUGAAUUAGCAAGGAGAAAAGACUCCCCUUCUCGAAACAGAGAAUCUACAUCAGUACAGAAAAGUAAGCCGAGAGAUGAACGGGCAGAGCCGUCCAAAAAGGGCGCUGGAGAUGCCAAAAGGAGCAGCUACAGUCCUCCGCGUGAGCGGAAGCAGUCUGAUCACAAAGCUGCUCAUGAUUCCAAGCGUACGUUGGAGGAACACAAACCUCUAGAUAAAAAUUCAGGAAAAGAGAAAGAGAAGCAUGUACCAGAAGUAAAGAGCAAUAAAGAGAAAGAGCCAGGUGGUAAUAAACCACCUUUGAGACAAGAAUCACCAGAAGUAAAAAAUGAGAAAGAGAACGUGACUGGACAAAACGAUAAAAGUGUUGUCAAGCCCAAGCCUCAGGUAAGCAGCUCCUCGCGGCUCGCUUCCGAUCUAACUCGAGAGACCGAUGAGGCUGCGUUUGUACCAGACUACAAUGAAAGUGACAGUGAGAGUAAUGUAUCUGCAAAAGAUGAGGACGCUGCAGGAAAAAAUCCUAAAGAACCGAAAGAAAAGGCUGUUGAUAAGGUGAAAGAGGAUACGGCAGCACCUGCUGCAGUUGACCAGCCUGAAGCAAGCCGAAGUCAAAGUCAAAGCAGCCCCAGCGUUAGCCGCAGCCGUAGUCAAAGCCCUUCUGAGAGUCAGACUCGAAGCCACAGCAGCAGUGCCAGCUCAGGAGAGAGUCAAGACAGCAAGAAAAAGAAGAAGAAAAAAGAGAAAAAGAAGCACAAGAAGCAUAAGAAACACAAGAAGCAUAAGAAACACAUUGGAAAUGAAACGGAAUUGGAAAAGAGCCAAAAACACAAACACAAGAAGAAGAAAUCAAAGAAGAGCAAAGAUAAAGAGAAAGAUGACCAAAAAGUGAAAUCUGUCACUACAUAGAAUGACAGAUAACAAAAAAAUGACUUAAUUCCUAAGUCAUCUGUAUUAAAUUUUGUUAAAAUGUAAACGAAUUCGAGCGUUGUAAAUAAUGACAUGAAAGACCCUGUGCUGCACUUAAAAUAUUGCUGCUUGAUUAUUUGAUUUUUACAUCAGAGCUUUAUAAAAGUGAACAUUUUGUACAGAAUUGUGAGUUGUGACCAUGUAACAUGAAAGGUUUUGCUGGGGCAUCUUAUUUUUAACCACUGUUAAUUAGUUUGGGUGGAGUUUACUGUACUGUGAAAAUUUUCACAUUUGACUUUUUUUUUAAUUGCCUGGCAGAAGAAGCUGGUAUCAGUUAUAAAAUAUCAGCAGAAUGAUUUGCAGAAUACAUUACAGCCCUGUUAUGUCACUUUUUGAUUACAAUAAAAAGUUUUCAGUAAACUAUCCAAUGUGAUGAGAUUUCCAGCGAUAGCUGAACCAUUAGCAGAGAAGAGGCUGGUGACGGAAAAAAGCUACCGUGAAAGCUUGCUGGUAGCUAACGUGUAUGAAAAAUAACGUAUCAGCGGGUUUAAUUUUGAAAAGCCUGGUUAGGACUUUAAAUCUUCUGAACUGAUGCAGAGUGGGGAGUGCUGCCAAGAGGGGCACUUUCUUCGUGUGCCAAGUAGACUUGUUUUUAUAUUGUAAAAGGUAGUAUAUGGCCCCAAAAAUACAGCCACUCUGAACAGCUGGUACUGACUAUUUUAAAACAAUGUUGUGUAUGAAGCUGUCACAUUUCAACAUUGUUCCAGUUUGUUUAGAAAGCUGUUGUCAUUUGCCAGCAAACACGCAUAUUUUAAGAUGCCCUGUAAUCUGUAUUUCCUCUCGUAACGAUGCUGACCACCAAGAUGUUUGUGGUUUUUAAAUAGAAGUUUUAUUAUUUUCAUACUGUUUCUGUAUCAUACACAAUACAGAACUAACCCUUCCAUUAAAUGUGGGGUUCAGGAGAUGAGUUUGGCAGAAGAAGAAAGCCCAAUAGAAAGGCAGGCUUCUGCUUUAAACUACUUUGAACAAUGACAGGAAAUGUAGAAAAUGUAAAUUUAAUUAGUUUGGUAAUUUUAAGACGUAAUUUAAAAAAAAAAAAAGGUGGCAGUGGUGGGUGUUGCUCAACUGUCAGAAAGCCGGCGUGGUAAGAAAUACUUCUCCUUGUGCAUUAAGGGCAUAACGUCCCAGUAACGACUGAAUUCGGUAGUGAAAGCCCUCGACUGUGUGGCUGUGGGAUUUGCCCCAAAAGAGUUCUGUUCGAAAGUACUGUAAAUUAAAGCAGCAUUUCAGGGC